AGCCCCGGCGGCCAGCCAUCGACUCGAUCCAGCCGACUCGCUCGAUCUCCGAUCAGAUCGGCCGAGGAAGCUUGAUCGAUCGAUCGCCGCCGUUGCCACGCACGCUCGUAGCGCCAUGGAGCCGAAGAAGGACUACAGCACGGCGAUCCUGGAGCGCAAGAAGGCGCCGAACCGGCUGGUGGUGGACGACGCGGAGGGCGGGGUCGCCGUCGACAGCUCGACGGUGGCGCUGAGCCCCGGCACCAUGGACGCGCUCGACCUCUUCAACGGCGACGUGGUGGCGCUCCGCGGCAAGCGCCGCCGCGAGACCGUCUGCUACGCCGCCAAGGACGCGUCGUGCCCCGACGGCCUGGCGCGCGUCAACCGCGUCGUCCGCGGCAACCUGCGCCUCCGCCUCGGCGACCUCGUCACCGUCGUUCCCUGCCCCGGCGUCAAGGACGCCGCCCGCGUCGCCAUCUCCCCCUUCGAGGACUCCGUCGACGGCAUCAGCGGCAACCUCUUCGACGCCUACGUCAAGCCCUACUUCAUUGGCGCGUGGCGGCCGGUGCGCAAGGGCGACCGGUUCGUGGUGCACGGCCACAUGCACGCCGUGGAGUUCAAGGUGGUCGACACGGACCCCGACGAGUGCGUCAUCGUGGCGGCCGGCACGCAGGUCUUCUGCGACGACGCCAGCCCGGUCAAGCGGGAGGACGAGGAGAGGCUCGACGGCCCGGGCUACGACGACGUCGGCGGCGUCCGCAAGCAGCUCGCGCAGAUCCGGGAGCUGGUCGAGCUGCCGCUGCGCCACCCCAAGCUCUUCAAGACGCUGGGCGUGAAGCCGCCCAAGGGGAUCCUGCUCUACGGCCCGCCCGGCACCGGCAAGACGCUGCUGGCGCGCGCCAUCGCGGCCGAGUCGGGCGCCAACUUCGUGGUCGUCAACGGGCCGGAGAUCAUGUCCAUGAUGGCCGGCCAGAGCGAGGACAACCUGCGCGAGGUGUUCGCCGAGGCCGAGGCCCAGGCGCCGUCCAUCAUCUUCAUGGACGAGAUCGACGCCAUCGCGCCCAACCGCGAGAAGACGCACGGCGAGGUGGAGCGCCGCGUCGUGUCCCAGCUGCUCACGCUCAUGGACGGCCUCCGCCCGCGCGCGCAGGUCAUGGUCAUCGGCGCCACCAACCGCCCCAACAGCCUCGACCCCGCGCUCCGGCGCUUCGGCCGCUUCGAUAAGGAGAUCGACAUCGGCGUGCCCGACGAGGUCGGCCGCCUCGAGAUCCUCCGCAUCCACUCCAAGGACAUGCCCCUCUCGGACGACGUCGACCUGGAGCGCAUCGGCAAGGACACGCACGGCUUCGUCGGCGCCGACCUCGCCGCGCUCUGCUCGGAGGCGGCCUUCCAGUGCAUUCGCCAGAAGAUGGACGUGAUCGACCUCGAGGCGGACACCAUCGACGUGGAGGUGCUCAACUCCAUGUCGGUGAUCAUGGACGACCUGGUGCACGCCAAGGAGGUGACCAAGCCGUCGGCGCUGCGGGAGACGGGGCUGGUGGAGGUCCCCAAGGUGUCGUGGGAGGACGUGGGCGGCCUGGAGGACGUCAAGCGGGAGCUCCAGGAGACGGUGCAGUACCCGGUGGAGCACCCGGAGAUGUUCGAGUUCUUCGGCAUGGAGCCGUCGCGGGGCGUGCUCUUCUACGGCCCGCCGGGCUGCGGCAAGACGCUGCUGGCCAAGGCCAUCGCCAGGGAGUGCAAGGCCAACUUCAUCAGCGUCAAGGGCCCGGAGCUGCUCACCAUGUGGUUCGGCGAGAGCGAGUCGAACGUCCGCGACCUGUUCGACAAGGCGCGCCAGUCGGCGCCGUGCGUCCUCUUCUUCGACGAGCUGGACUCGAUCGCCGUCAAGCGCGGCAACAGCGUGGGCGACGCGGGCGGCACGUCGGACCGGGUGCUGAACCAGCUGCUCACGGAGAUGGACGGGAUCAACGCCAAGAAGACGGUGUUCGUGAUCGGGGCCACCAACCGGCCGGACAUCAUCGACCCGGCGCUGCUCCGGCCGGGGCGGCUCGACCAGCUCAUCUACAUCCCGCUCCCCGACGAGGCGUCGCGGCUGCAGAUCUUCAAGUCGUGCCUGCGCCGGUCCCCGCUGUCCAGGCGCGUCAACCUCCCGGACCUGGCCCGCUCCACGGCAGGGUUCAGCGGCGCCGACAUCACGGAGAUCUGCCAGCGCGCGUGCAAGCUGGCGGUGCGCGACGUCAUCCAGAGGAGCUCGCUCGUCGGCAAGGCCGCGGCCAUGGCCGGCGCCGAGAUCACCCGGAAGCACUUCCUGGGGGCCAUGGAGCACGCGAGGCGGAGCGUCAGCGACCUGGACGUGCUCAAGUACGAGUACUUUGCUCGCAAGUUCAAGCAGGGCGGGAGCUUCGAGGAGGAGGCGCCGCAGCCGCAGGUAGCAGGCCCGCCGCAGGGGCAUUUGGAGCUCAAGGCCGCGGAGGACGUCGACGCUUCCAUGGACGAGGAUUCGCUCUACUGAGGCAAAACAUCUAGGAUUUGUAAUUUGCAGAUUUGAACAGCAUGGUUCUGCUUUACUUUUACAUAGUUUGCGAGAACUUUGCUACGGCUUGUGCUGUGAUGAGGCAAGUUAUCUCGGAUGAACACGCGUGUUAGUUGUUCAUCUUUGUUCAUUUCA